CUGGUUGAUAAACUCUGAUCCAACGUAGGCCUUUUCUUUUCUGUCUUCCAUCCUUCCCUUCUAAACAAGCGUGCCACACUCUGGGCUGUGUCCGCGCGUGCCUGUUUGGCGUGGCUAGUUCAAGUCGUCAUGGGCUCCUCUUGUCACCAUCCAUCAUCCGUUGGAAGGUUUCGCCCCAGCGCUGAUCGGUGAUGUAAAUUCCGGUGCCAUGUGGUGGUGUUGCGUGUGAUGGAGUGGAGACGCAAAGGAGACGCUCGAGUUGCUGGUGGUGUUGGUGGUAAUGGUGGUGGUAAUGGUGGUGGUGGUGGUGGUGAUGAUGUCGCCGGUCGCCGUCACGCUUUUCCUCCGCCUAGAUUGGCAUGGAAUAAUGAUUAGAAAGUUCCAUGGAAGACUUCAUAUUGUACGGUAUAGUGCAUACACGCAGUACUUUGUCGCUUGCCUGCAUGCAUCCUUCCUGAAACUGAAACCGAUCGACAGCCCAUUUGCUGUUGGCUCCUUCUUACAUCCUGCGACUUGCGCAUGCUGUCUUUCCCGCCGGAUUUUCAAACGCGCUGAGAUCGAUCGUCGAAGCAAUACAGCUCGGCGUGGAGAGUGUGUGUGGCUCAUGAGAGGCAGCCUUACAGACAUCGGAUCUUGUGAUUUGCCGCCUGGCAAAGCCGAUCUUGACAGCUGUGUACCCUCUGUGCACCUGCGAUCGGCUGGUUGGACCACGCCAUGGACGUCGAUCGUAUGAACAAGAUCUGGGCCACAUCCGGUCUGCAAGCGAGGAGCCCGACAUCAUUACAAGACUCGAUGCUUCGAGCUUGUUUGCAGGACCGCAGUCUACAGAACGGAUCUGCAGCUCCUUUUCUGACUUUGGACGACGU